AAUGCCGUCCAACUGUUCCAGUGGACAGGAGGAGCCACCUCCGACGGCCGGAGGAGAGAACCAAACCACCCCCAUUAAUCAGCCGCCUCAUCUCGUCUUCUAUCCCUUUUCGCUUCGCCUCCCGCGUGCCCAGCGGCGACCUUGAUCGCAUGCUGCCCGGCCUCCGCGCCUCGUGAAACCGUUGGUGGCUGCUCGCUCUCGCGCCGGUUCCGCCAUGGCGCCUCAGCCCGUGCACAGCCUGAGGCUGAGCACUCCCGCUGGCCCUGCAGUCUGCAGGUGCUCCGCCGCCCCGCUCUUCGGGAAGAGGCUGCCGGCCGUCGUCGCCUUCCCCCGUGCCGGCAGGGGCGGCGCCGUCGCCUUGUGCUCGGCCGUGCAGGAGUCGUCCACCUCCACCACCGUUAGCCAGAAGAAGGAUGCUGCGGACGGUGAGAAAAAAGAAGCCACGGCGGCCGCAGCGAAACCGGCCGCGGCCGCGAAGCCAAAGAAGGCCGCGGCGAAGCCGCUGCCAGAGAUGAUGCAGGAGGAGAUCAUCCCGCCGCUGAAGGACGCCCUGGAGGCGGAGGAGAACGUGUCCCAGGUCCAGCUUUCUUUCCAAAACAACACGUUGGAGGGUUCCUUCAUAAAGGAUGAUGUUCCCUAUUAUUUUUGGGCCUUCUUUCCGAAAGGAGAUCUCACAGGACCGAAGGGCUUUGCGCUAUCAUCAUACAGCAACGAAGUCAGCACCAUCGAGCCAUUCCUAAUCGAUGAGAAGAGGAUAACCCCCCAGUACGUGGUGUUCUGGGUUUACAAGAGGCUGGCCGGGCAAGGCAUCCUUCCCGUCUGGAAGGAAGAGGAGGGGGAGGAAGAGGGCACAAAGUAGUGAGUGAUCUCACGCAGGCACAUACAGACUGUCCGCUGUGAACAUACACAAUCAAUCGAUCGUAACUUUGUAAAGCUCGUCUGCUAAUGUCCGGAUACUCUGUAAAGUUAAAACCAACCGUCGUUUUGUCUACCAGUCACGUAUAAACGGCAGGAUACUUGCGUUGGCUGAUGCUGAACCUUACAUUGGUUGCUUGUAUUGGCUGCGUACUUGCACAGUAGCCAUACGGCUCAAGUCCAUCACAUUUGUGAUUUGUCAGACUGGUUUGCGCUGGGCAACAUGGACCGUGCCUUGCCUUUGAGGGCCGGGCCAGCUCGGUUUCUCUUGAUUUUGUUGUUUAUUGUGAGUGACCAGCGAAUACGAACGAAGACGGGUUGGCAUCUGAAAGCUCUGGUGUCUGAAGAUAAUUAUUACCAGUCGCCGAGUCCUACCUGUCGCACUCUAUCCCUCCAGUAGUCCGGUCCUUCGCCAUUAUCCGAGGCGUCCACGUGGCCAACCAUAUGGAAAUGCAAGAUAUAAUUAUUAUCUUAUUUUUUUGUGAAAGAUAAUUAUGAUAUUAUUGGUAUAUGAGAAGGGGAAUCGCCGCACGCGUGUGAGUGUGAAGCAAACCAAAGUACAGAACUCAUGAAUAAAUAUUUGGAGACAAGGUUGCCUUUUGGGAUAUGAAGAGAUUGUUCAUGCUUGGUACCUAGGUUUAGAGGAUAGGUUCAUGCUCUCAUUUUGCAUUUCUUCUCAAGGAUCUGCUAGAAUUUCUACUACAAAAAUCCUUGAGAACGAAACAAGAAAGAUCAAGAUAUUUUUUCUCUUUUCGUUUCUUUUGUUUUGUACUUUCCCCCCUUCUCCCAAGUCCCAAACCAACAUCGGCGUGUCGACGCUUAAAAACGGAAGCACUGAAGACUGAACGCACGCGUACAGAGUACAGAGAGAUUGAUACAACACGCAGAGGUUAGCCAGUUUUAGCCCCCCCGUAUCGCCGCCAAUCGCCAUGCUCGCCUACCUCCUCCACGCCCCAGCCGCCGCCGUCGUCGCCGCGGCGCCCAGCGCCUUCACCCUCCGCUCGCUCCCGCCGGCGAGGACCCCGUUCCUCCCCUCCCUCCCGCGCCCGGCCUCGCCGAGGCGCGCCGCCGCGUCCGCCUUCUUCUCCCCCGCCGCCGCGGCCGCCCCCAUCGCGGCGUCGCUGCUCGAGGGCCCCGUGCUGGUCUGGGCCGGCCGCCUCUGCCUCUACUACGCGCUCCUCCACGCCGGGCUCGCGGGCUCCCCGCGCAACCCCUUCCUCUCCCACGAGAUCGGCGAGGACGGCGCCGGCGACAGCGACCUAGGGUUCUCCAAGUGGGCCGAGAAGCUCCGUGGCGGCGCCUCAGGUGAAAGUGACGCACAGGAUAAGAAGAAGCUAACUAGCAAGUGGAGGCCAACGACUAAAGGCACACUGAAGAGAACCUACCGAGUUCGAUCAACAGAUGAAGGAAGGCGCAUCCUGAAAGAGAUCGCUUCUGUUCUGUCCCAAGAUGAUCAUUUUGUGGAUGCUUCGACUCACAAGGGUUGCCAAAUAAGGAGAGAAAGUGCUCAUGGUGAGAGUGUGUGCUGCUACAACGUGAGAGCUUUGUUCGAUGAGCUCCCCACUCCUCAUCUGGUUCUGGAGAUUACACCUUUUCCCGCUGGACAUCUUACCGAUAAUGACUACCGCAAGGCCGAGAGGCUUGAGAUGGUGUUGAGGCUGAGUGCUUCCAUUUAAAAACUAGGGACUGAUUUUCCAUUUCCCUAAUAUUUUCUUUGCCCAAGUUGUAAAUUGUUUACCAAUGGGCCUGUAAAUUGAUGCAGUUGGCUAAGAACUACUUGUAUCCCCUGAGUUCUGCUCAGCUUUCCUAUUAAUUUGAGCUCAAGAACGAAUUCUAUACUUGGUCGUUUUAAGCACUAUAACAGUAUAUGCAAGGGACUGAUUCUUGGGCUUUA